AUGUCAUGUGAUUAAAUUUAGGUGGUAUUUUUUUAGAAAAAUUUUUCUACUUGUUCUGAUUAUAUACAAUUAUUUAAAAAUUCAUUAAUAUCACAGAAAUAAUACUUGAAAUAUUUAACAUCCCAUAGACAAUAAAUUAAUAUAAUAUAAUUAUUGAUAAGUCAAAAGGGAUAUCAGAAUUAUAGCACCUUAUUUCUAUUUAAAAAAUUGUAAACUUUAUAUUUGGAAUAAUUAAUAUAUUCGUAAAUUCAACAUGGUAUUUAUUUCCGCUUUUGGAUGCAAUUUUAUACAAAAAUAAUCUCAAGAAGAAGACAAGUCAUAUUAAAUAUGUAGUUAUGCGAUGUAUCGAUUAUUAAUCAGAUGGAAUAUUUUUGGAGAUAGGAAGCAGAUUCAGGUAUACUUAAAUCCAAAGGAUUCAUUUUUUAUUGGUAUGUUUUAUUUUUCAAUUUUAUUGGUAAAAAAAUAGUUAUUUAAAAUGUAUUCUAUGCUUUGUUUGUGUUAAAAGUAUAACAGAUUCAAUUUAAAAUAGUACGUUUUAAAAAUUUUUAUUUUGAAUACUUCAUUAAGCUAUAUACUUUUAUUAUUUAAGUUAAAUGGUUAAUUAUCUUUAUUAGUUAGUUGCUAGAAUGA